UGCCGUCCAACCUACUUAGGUUAGCUGCGUUGGAGAAGCGAUUCACCCACCCGGAGCAAACACACUGAACUCUACACACAUGCAGUUCACAUGGCAGCUGGGGGUAAUCAGUGUGCUUUUUGAAAACGCUCAAUUUCAUUUAAGUGAUCCUUUCCCAGGGAGAUGCUCUGAUGAGAUGGAGAAAACGAACCUCGGUCCCCCACAUACAGGCGAGAGCGUAAGCGGUGAACUCGUCGAUACUGCGAGUCCCUGCUGUGUCGGUGAAGGAUCUGCAGCUCUUUGCAACUGUGAGGUCGCACUAAAUGUAAUAAAGCCUCAGUCUGUGACCAUCGGCACAAUUAACGCUGCAGUUGCAAUCGGUGAAUGAACUUGCGCUCAGGAUGACCUAGAUCACUCGAAUGGCCAGUGUUUCGGGAGGAAACGACAACGAAUCCGUUCAUGGAGUUUAUGGGAAAAUGCGCGCUCUGAUAAUCUACGCCACUUUGUGUGCGUGCGUUUUCAGCCAAGUGUGGCCUUUGCAGAUGCAGUGUUACCACUGCGAAGAGAGCCCCCUAGAGGACGAUUGCUCAGCCCCGCACUUCAUUGUCAACUGCACAGCGAACAUCCAGAACGCCUGCCAGAAGGAGGUCAUGGUGAUGGCCAACGGUGUGUCCUACAGGAAGGCGUGUGCUUCCUUCACCACCUGUCUCAUUGUGUCUGCCGGCUAUCAGUCUUUCUGCUCUCCGGGACACAUGGGCUCAGUCUGCAUCAGCUGCUGUAACACUCCUCUCUGCAACGGGCCCCGCCCUCCCCGCGCCUCUAUUGCUUCCUGGCUCCACUCACCCGGCCCCCCUCUCCUCCAGCUUGCUUCGAUUGUCGUCGCCACCCUAUCUGCCCCUCCGUGAUUGUGAGGGGUGGAAUGGGGUGGUGGGGGCUGCAAUGUGGUGGAGCUGUCUUGUCUUGGGUACAUUUACUUUCUGUAUGUAUUUAUAUAAUGCAGUCAUCCCUUAAGAGGGACUCGGCACAGACAAAUGGAGACAGGAGAGCCGGUUGUUAGGGUAGGAAUGCAUGAACACAAAUGCUGCUUGGAAACAUGUCACUGCUUUUCCACAGCUACUGCCUGGCUGGCGCUCUCUCCCAUUCAGUCUUAUGCGGUUCAUUAAACAACUCCACUUUUUGUACUUUAUCAUCUGAAUUAAAUCAGAUUUUGGACCACUUAUUAAAGAGGGACAGUGUUGCUCUGCAAAUUAGCGCUAGUCACUGAAACAAACUGAAUGAAAUGUAAGUAUUCAGUCAAAGAUAAAGUUUUCCAAAUUGCACGGUGCUCAGCAAUAGUUUGUGCCCAAAAAACACCAACAAGUUGUACAUAAUGGUUACUCUAAAAAGAAGGUGACAGGCAGGGUGUGCAGCUUAACACCUGAAAUUCCUUUGCUGAGAACCUGAAAUAAAAUGUUAAGUAAAUUUGGAGGAGGGAGGUACAUUAAAACUGCAGUGAACUUUUUGGACACAAGUUAUUUAGCGUUUGCAAAACAAUUUGCUUGCUUUGCCUCCCACGGACUUGAAAAGCAAUCCUAGUCUUAUGUGUAGAUGUGAAAUGUGUGGGGGGAGGUUACCGUGGGUAACAGAAUCCCUCAGUGGUCAUAGGGGGUGCCCUCCCCAUUUAUGCCUGUCAAUUUCAGAGUGCUAUUAAACUGAUAUUUAUUUCAAA